AUGGUUACAAUGCAGCGGUCGGCACUUUGGGUGCUGGCUUUUUUCCCGUGCUGUGUAGAUGCCGCCUCUUUACGACGGAGUAAGAUGACCUUCAUCGAGGAACAGAUGUCCAUGCAGAUGAAGCUCAUGAUGCCAGAGAGGGCGACCCUGAACAACAUCGAGGCAUCCGUCCUAAACAUGGCGAAGCUGAGACAAUCCAAGCACGGAGAGGGUGGGAGCAACCUGACUGGCUUCCUGGACCAGAUCCAGGGCCUGAUCGACAAGACUAUGAAGACCAACAUCGUCACAAGGCAGAAUCAGACACAGCUGGAUCUGGAUUCGGCUUGGGCCAACCUUAGCACCUGCCCGCAUCCCAACGACACGGACUUUGUAGAUACGCUCGCCGAGCUCGACAAAGGUCACACAGAAUGCAGAACGACCCAGGACACCAUGUGGUCUACCUACAAGCAGACGUGCAUCACUGAGAGAGAGAUCUUCGAAAACGAGAAGAAGGCUAUCUGUGAUCAGUACAAGAGCAUCAACGUCUUUCCGAACCCGACGACCACCUGCGUGAUGGCCGAGGGCACCGCGGUUCCAACCAUCGGCAACUACUUGACUGCAAUGGAGGAACACUUCACCAAGAAGCACGAGACGCUGAAGGAGUGGAAGGACAAGUGCGACACCGCCCUUGCUACUCCGUUCCCGGGCGACCCGUUGUGCUUCGAGAAGGUUUGUACAUACUACGACAAGAAGAUCGACUGCGACAAGAAGCAAGCGACUUUCGAGCAGAAAUCCUGUGAUUUGCAUCGCACCUACCGCUGUAGCAGCUACAUGAGCUGCUAUGAUCAGCGCAAGGACGUCUAUGGGAACGUCGUCUCCCUGGCAAAGGAGAGCGAAGUGGCGGCGAAAGCUGAGUGGAGGGCCGUCAAAAGGAUUGAGUGUCUCAUCAACGCCCUGCGGGUCGCAGAGAGCGAGCUGGAAGGAGCCAUUGAUGCGUGCAAGGCCAAGAGGCACACGACGGAGGCUGUUGAGUUGACGUACCGCGGUGAUCCUCCAGCAGCAAGAUCCUGCCAGGAGGUCUACUUGCAGCCCGGAUCUGCAGUGUUCUCGAGCACAUGGUACACUGGCAUGCCUGUUGAUGCUCCCGCCGCGAGCUGUGCCUCCUCGUGUUGCAUGGCCGAGGCGUUCAACCCGACGUAUCCUUCGACAGUGACUUGCCCCUAUGUCCCCGCAUCCGCAGUCACGACAACGACGACGACCACUACCACCACGAAACAGGCGGCCCCCGCCUUCAUGGCGAAUUCGCCGUCGCCUUUCUUAGGCAGCGGCAUGACCUUCGGUGCCGGGAUGUUUAGCAGAUAG